AUGCUUCGCAGCCGCCGGCGGCAGGCGCACACGGCGCCGCCACGGCCGCGCCGCCAGUGCACGCCGGCCCCACCAAAGCCACCUCACCCAGCGGCGAAGAAGAAGCCCACCGUGCCGUGCGCCUUCUGCGGCGUGCUGUGCAUGACGGCGUGGCACCUGAAGCAGCACGAGCAGGGGCGGAAGCACCGCAACAGGGUGGCCUACCUCGCCGGGGAGAUGAACGUGCGGUGCAAGGUGUGCGACGUGCACCUCUCCAGCGGGCUCAACGUCGAGCAGCACAACGCCGGGAAGGAGCACCUCCUGCGACUCAAACUCAACAGAGGAGCCUGA